AAAUAUUUGUUUUCUUUUCAUUUAUUAGCGUGUAAAUUGGUGAAGUUUAUGAAAAUUGUAAUAUGGACGCCAUUCAAACGUUAUACGGCAAGUGCCGUUGCUGUCUGAAGGCAGGCGAGCAUCGCGACGUCUUCAAAGUAUAUUACUGCGAUGGAACUCGCGAAGUAUACUUCGAUAUAUUCCUGGAAUGUUUCAAUGUUUUUAUUUCAAUAUCAAGUGGCAACAGUAAUCUGAUUUGUGCGGAUUGUAUCCAGAAGCUGCGAGAUGCAAGUAAUUUCCGCAAAAUGGUUGUUGAUGCGGAGAAGCAAUUGCAAUUUAUGAAAGACCCGCCAGACCUUGAGACACAACAAGAAGUGACUUUAGUAAAGAUAGAGCCAGAUGAUGGUUACGACUACAUGGAGAUAGAAUACAAGGACGUGAACGUCCCACCAGACCUUGAGAUAAAGCAAGAAGGAGAAAGAAGGAAGGAAGAAGAAGAGAGAAAAGAGAAGGCAGAUGAUGACCAUGACUACACGGAGACAGAAUUCAAGGAUGCAAUAGUGGUUGCCGCGCACCGCUACGGAACGGACGCCUGCUCGCGCUGA